AUGAUCCGCAUUGUAAUCAUCGGCGCUGGCCUCAUCGGCCCACGCCACGCACAGUCCGUGCAAGUGCAUCCCUUAACCCAAUUGACGGCCUUCAUCGAUCCCUCCCCAACUGCCAUCCCCAUCGCCCAAUCAUUCAAUGUCCCCCAUUUUCCCUCGAUAACUUCUAUGCUCGACGCCCUCCCAAGGCAUCAACACCCGCACGCGGCGAUCGUCUGCACCCCAAACCACACCCAUGUCGCCGUCGCAAAGGAACUCAUAAGCCACGGAAUCCACAUCCUCCUCGAAAAGCCCGUGAGCGACUCAAUCGAAUCCGCACAGGACCUUCUAUCCACAAUAAACGAGAGGCCAGAUGUGAAAAUCCUAGUCGGCCACCAUAGACGCUUCAACCCCUACGUCCAAACAACCAAGACCCAGAUCACCACAAACUCCCUGGGAACCCUAAUCGCCGUGAACGGUCUCUGGACCCUCCAAAAGUCAGACGACUACUUCGCUCCACCCCUGGGCGCCUGGCGCGCUGAUAAAUCCAAGGGCGGCGUCUUCGGCAUCAACCUCAUCCACGACAUCGAUCUGCUGCAUUUCUUCUUCGGACCCAUCACGCGCGUCCAUGCCGAGUCUAUCCGUCCACAGCGGCACCGUGCUAACACCAGCCAUACAGCCGAGGAAGGUGCGGCGUUAACACUACGCUUUGCAUCCGGUGUCGUGGGGACGUUUCUAGUCUGCGAUGCGACUCCGUCGCCGCUGAACUUUGAGACGGGCACCGGUGAAAACCCGCUUAUCCCGCGUGUUGACCCAACGAAGAGUGCGAGCGACUGUUAUCGGAUCUUUGGGAGUGAGGGAUCACUAUCUGUGCCGGAUAUGACGCGGUGGAGCUACGGUGGGCAGGCUUUGAAGGGGUGGAAUGGGGAUUUGACGAUUGAGAAGGUCAGUGUUGAGGGGGUGGAUGUGAAACCGUUUGAUAAGCAGCUUGGGCAUUUUGUGGAUGUUCUGCAGGGGAGAGUGCGGGAGGUGAGUUGUUCGGUGGAGGAUGGGGUGAGGGCGCUUAUGGUUGUGAGGGCUGCUAAAGAGUCGCUUGAGAAGGGGAUGCCGGUGGAGAUAUAG